CCACCGCUAAUGGUUGUCGAAUUUUUACACCGUGUCAUUGCCACAUUCACGGAGUAUUUUGAUGAUUUCUCCGACAGCGCAGUUAAGGAGAAUUGUGUUAUGGUCUUUGAGCUUUUGGACGAAAUGCUUGAUAAUGGAUUUCCUUUGGCCACCGAAUUGAAUGUGCUGCAAGAGCUCAUCAAGCCUCCCAAUUUCCUUCGAACCAUUGCCAAUCAAGUAAUAUUCACAGCAAUUCUGGAUAAUUUUUGCAUUACAUUGAAAGAAUAUACACCUCUCUUUUUGUUUUGA